ACCUUCUUCCAACCCUAAUCAAGCCGUAUCAGUACAAUUCGGCAAAAAUGCAGAUCUUCGUGAAAACCCUAACUGGGAAGACGAUUACGUUGGAGGUUGAAUCCUCCGACACAAUCGACAAUGUGAAGGCGAAGAUCCAAGACAAGGAAGGCAUCCCACCGGACCAGCAGCGUCUUAUUUUCGCCGGGAAACAACUUGAGGACGGCAGAACCCUUGCCGACUACAACAUCCAGAAGGAGUCAACCCUCCACCUGGUUCUCCGUCUCCGUGGUGGCGCAAAGAAGCGCAAGAAGAAGACCUACACCAAGCCGAAGAAGAUCAAGCAUAAGCACAAGAAGGUUAAGUUGAGCGUGUUGCAGUUCUACAAGGUUGAUGAUUCCGGAAAGGUGCAGAGGUUGAGGAAAGAGUGUCCUAAUGCUGAGUGUGGUGCUGGGACUUUCAUGGCUAACCACUUCGACAGGCACUAUUGCGGCAAGUGUGGUCUCACUUAUGUCUACCAGAAGGAGAAGGCUUGAUUAGAUAAGUGUUCAUCGUCGUUUUUUGAGUUAUGAAUUAUAAUUCUGAGUUUUCUUGUUAUAUCUUGUGGUAAACCUGGAUUUCUAGGGUUGUUUUUGAAUUGAUGAAACUGAAUGCUUUUGUUUAUCAACAUUUCAAGCUAUCUAAACUGAUUUACAAUGA